GGCAAGAGAGGAAACAAUGGGCAAGAAAGCCAAGAGAGGAAGGAGGAGGCAAAAGAGCCAUGAGACGAGAGUGCACUGUGCCCUGGUGGGCACUUUUAAAGGGUCCAUCUGUCAUAUAUCUGACAGUGGAAAGUUGAGGAUGUAACUACUUUGGUGACAGAGACAGGCUGCUGCUGCAGCAGAAGCUAACAUUCCUCCCUUUUGUUUUUUAUAAAAAGGUGAGGAAACAGGAAGGCUUAGCUGGUGAGGUGGGAAUGAGGGCGCUGUGUUCUCAAGAUGGCUUCCUGUUGUCUGGGGGCAUUGGCAUAUAGGGGAGACCUGAGAAAGCUGAGAUGCUGGCCAAGUCCUGGGAUAGUUGGCUGUUUCACUCACUGUCCAGGCUCUGUGGUACUGUCUGGUGCUAGGAAAGUGUGGGCCUGGUUGAAGCAGUUUGUGAGGUUGGACCACUUGGGGCUAGCCACUUUGAAGCUGUCUGGGAUGCAGAUUUUGAGGGGAUCUGGCAGAAUGCUGGCAGAAAAUAAAGUUAAAAAGUUUUAGGGGGAAAUGUUUUUCUUAAGUUCUAGUAAUUGAGGGAAGGGAGUUGUAAGACUAGGGAAAGGUAGGAGCGAUUCUGCCCUCAGGAACAGGCAGUAGGGGGGACACUUAGGCUGUUGAUUGACAGUACUUAUGUGGAGUUCAUUUGACCUGUUUGAGGUAGAUCCAAGCCGACUCCCUGGAGCUUUCAAGAGUUUUUUGAAUUUACACAAAGAGAUAAGGUUUGGACAUAUUAGCAUUCCCACUGUUUGUAAUCUGUACUGGAAUCCACAUUGUAGAUAAGGCAGUAGACUCGUGCCUUUGAGUCAUAGGGGACCCAGAAAUGAUUCUGCUUAGAAGCAUGAACACUCUUUCCUCUAACCAGAAGACUGAGUGUGUAUAGACGAGACAGAUGUUUUUAGCACAAUGAAAAACAUUUUUAAGUCUAUACUUAAAAGACGACCAAAGGGAAUUUAAAAUCUUAAGCCUGUGACUAUGAUAAUAGUGGUGCUUUGCCAGAGCUAGAUCGAUAGCUUAUCAGAAUUCCAAUGACUAAUGUUAAGACUAAGGACUUUUGGAGUCUUAAUACAACAGAGCAGUGAGAGAAAGAAAUCUGAAACAUGUUUCAUUUUUAUACACCUUAAGUCACUUUCUUUUUCUCACCACUUAAGUUUUUUCAUCCUCAGGCCUUUAUAACUUUAAUUUAAACACCUUAGACCCUAAAACAUUUUCUUAGAUCUUCACAUCUUAAGCUUUCAUAUCUUUACAUAAACUUUACACCUGAAAACACCUUCUUCUAUCGAGUUCACCAGGAGACACAUGUGGUUGAUGACUGCGGGCAAUCAUUAUAGAGUUGCAGUGACCUAUGAAGAUGUGCAUGUGAACUUCACCCAUGAAGAAUGGGCUUUGCUGGAUUCUUCCCAGAAGAGUCUCUACAAAGAUGUGAUGCUUGAAACCUAUUGGAACCUCACUGAUAUAGGCUACAAAUGGGAAGACCAGAACAUUGAAGAACAUUGUCAAAGUUCUAGAAGACAUAGAAGGUAUAUCAUCUGUCACUCUGGAUACAAGCCAUGUGAUCCUAAGGGAUAUGGAAAGAAGAAAUGUACCUAUCUUUCUCCCAGAAAAAUUAGAAGAUAUAUAGUAGUUCCCACUAUGGGAAGACAUGGUAAUCCUGAUACAAGUGUACAGUUAGUUGGAUUUCCAACUUCAUUGGGAAUACAUCAAUGUAAGUACCAUGGAGAAAAGCCUUAUAAGUACAAGGAAUAUGGAAAUUCUUCUGUCUGUCCUGGUUCACGUUGCACAUGUAGUGUGACUCACACUAAAGGAAAAUGUUUUGAAUGCAAUCAGUGUUUUAAAGCUCUGAGUUCUUCCAGUUCUCUUCAAAGAUGUUUAAAAAUUCAUAUGGGAAAAGGAUGCCAUAAACAAGAGCCAUGUAAUAAAGGUUUUAACCAUCAUCAGAAUCUUCAAACACACAAAAGGACCCAUAAUGAAGAAGCACCCUGUGAAUGUAAACAAUGUGAUAAAACAUUUAGACUUCAUUCUACUUUACAAUUACCCGAAAGAACUCAUUUGAAAAUAAAACCCUAUGAAUAUAAUAAAGGCGAGAAACCCUUUGAAUGUCACAGUCAUCUUCAAGUACCCAGUACUCAUACUAGAAAGAAACAAUAUGAAUGUCAUCAAUGUGGAAAAACCUUUGUACGUCCCAGUCAUCUUCAAAUACAUCAAAGAAUUCAUACUGGAGAGAAACCCUAUAAAUGUAAACAAUGUGAUAAAGCCUUUGUAAGUACUGGUGAUCUUCAAAAGCAUGAAAGAAGUCAUACUGGAGAGAAACCUUAUGAAUGUAAUCAAUGUGGUAAAGCCUUUGCACGUAAAAGUCGUCUUCACCGUCAUGAAAGAAGUCAUAAUGGAGAGAAACCCUAUAAAUGUCAUCAAUGUGGUAAAGCCUUUGCAGAUCCUAGUAAUCUGAAACAACAUAAAAGAAGUCAUACUGGAGAGAAACCCUAUGAAUGUCAUCAAUGUGGCAAAGCCUUUGGAGAUCCCAGUAAUCUUAAACAUCAUAAAAGAAGUCAUACUGGAGAGAAACCCUAUGAAUGUAGUCAGUGUGGUAAAGCCUUUGCAAGUAGUGGUGAUCUCCAAAGGCAUGAAAGAAGGCAUACGGGAGAGAAACCCUAUGUAUGUAAUCAAUGUGGUAAAGCCUUUGCAUACCGUAGUAAUCUUCACCAACAUGAAAGAAGUCAUACAGGAGAGAAACCCUAUGAUUGUAAACAAUGUGGAAAAGCCUUUGCAUAUCUUAGUAAUCUUCAACAGCAUAAAAGAAGUCAUACUGGAGAGAAACCCUAUGAAUGUAAUCAAUGUGGUAAAGCAUUUGCACAUAAAUAUCAUCUUCACAGUCAUGAAAGGACUCAUACUGGAGAGAAACCCUUUGAAUGUAACAAAUGUGGUAAAGCUUUUGCAUACUCCAGUAAUCGUAAAAAACAUGAAAGAAGUCACACUGGAGAAAAAUCCUAUGAAUGUAAUAAAUGUGGUAAAGCCUUUGCAGAUCUCAACAGUCUUCAAAUGCAUGAAAUAGAUCACACUGGGGAGAAACCCCAUAAAUGUAAUAAAUGUGGCAAAGCUUUUGCACGUAACAGUCAUCUGCAAAAUCAUGAAAGAAGACAUACUAGAGAAUAAUCCCAUGAACUUAAUAAAUGAGGAAAAGCUUUCUAUACUAGGCAAAGACUCCAUCAUUUUGAAGAUCCCAGAACCAUGGGGUGUCCAGCAAGACCAUCAGCAGUGGUGAAGCAGAACCAGUCAGAGCUUAGAAGAGAAGCUGUAUAUGCUGCAGAGGGCUCAGCCCAAGAAAUGACUGAAGCCCUUUGGAGAAGCCCUGAAGAUUUUGAGUGGAUUUCUGUCAUUGAAUGUGGUAUUCUUCAUAUUGUGGGUGUUUGUUUCCACUUUUUUCAGAUUGUGACUGCCCUGCUUCUUCUUUUUUGAAGGGAGAAGGUAUUUAAUUUAAUUUUGAUUUUU